AUGGCGCUUCAGAACCAAAGAAAGGCGAACGUAAGUUUUAACCCGAUCUAUUGCACGUUAGAAAACUUAGAAUAUAUAUGCUCUCCAUUAAACGUCUUUCUUUUACUCUGCAUCAUUCUUUGUUUUCUUUUCAAAUAUUUCUUAUCGAUUUUUGAUGAUGACGUUCGACAUGCGUUUGCUGACAAAUAUGGUUGGUACAUUUGCCUUGUUCCUUGACCGUAUUUUUAUCUCAUUUUAGGUCCGAUUGCCCCCAGAAGUUAACAGAAUUUUAUAUGUAAGGUAAGAACCUAAAGAUUUAUCAUCGUACUCCUUCUAGUCCCUGCUGUAGCUGUGGUGUUGUUAUGCAGUAAAACUCAAUUGACACUCUCUAAUCGCGUGUUCAUGCUUUGGUAUGAUUUGGAAAAUCUUGCUACUAUGUAGAAAUCAUAAGUACUAAUUAUUUUAAGUUUAAGAUGGCUUCCCAGCAUUGUUAUGGUUUUGUUUUUUGAGAAUGGCAUGUUCAUUUUGUCAGGCCCAGUUAAAACAGAACCUAAUAAUAUUGCAUUUUGUGGUAAAAACGAAAAGGAAGCCAGACCAAAGAAGGCAGGUUAAAGUAGCUCAUAACAGAAUCAUCUGCUCAAGUUUUGAUGUACUGAAUUGAUGGUAUUUGGUAUGGUUCAUUUAAAGCCCAGCAUCUGAAGUAAAUCUAACAGUCUUCUAACCUUAGAAUCACUGACACAAACAGGUUCAGGUUCUCUCUCCUUUGUUAUGUAUCGGUCAAAUCGAAGCUUCAACAUCCCCCCCCCCCCGGGCAUACCCCGGGCAUUUGACACCUUUGCCGUCCCGGGGAGGAGGGAAUUUGAUCAUCAAAGUCUUCCAGGGGGUGGGGAAUUUGAACUCCACCCUCGAUUUCAUGAAAAAUCUUUGGCGUGGCGAGCUAUCAUGGGGGACGCGCGCGGUGUUGGAGGAUUUUCGUGGAAAAGAUUGUGCCUUUGUGGCCAAUUGGUUACGAGGAAAGGGCUUAAACAAGCUUUUUGCCGUAUUUGAAGUAUUUAAAUUUUAAAAUUUUUAAUAUGGAUUCAGGCUUUGAAUGUAUGAUUGUAUUUUAUUGUUGUGUUUACAAUGAAGUACAAUACUUAUACCGGCGAUUCAGUACAACAACAUAAAAUAAAAUAAAAUAAAACGGUCAACUACUUUGACCUACUGCAAGUAUGUUAAUUAAUAAGGUGAGCGAUGAUGCAUGUCAGUCAAAUGGUCAUGAUGUAGUAAUCUCAAUAGGUGGGAUCUUUUUUUAUAGAACGCUUUGUACGUUGCAUGACGAAGAAAAGCUGAGCAUUCAGUGACCUUGUAGCAGCGAUUUUCGCCGCUUUGCACGAGACUUUUGUUCGUAGUAAAUGCGCUAGCAGUGUUGCUCAGUUUUUGUUAUAUUUAUAAAGAUUUUGUUCGACAACUGAAGGCGUUUCCGCCGUCCUUCUCUCAUUUUUGUGCCCGUGAAAUGGCCCAAGGGUGGGGGCAUUUGAUCACCUGAAUGGACCCUAGUGUGAGGCGUUUGAACGGCAUUUUGGCCCGGGUAGGGGGGAAUUUGAACAAUAAUUUUCAAAAAAGUCAAAUGCCCGGGGGGUUGCCCGGGGGGGGGGGGCAUUUUGAAGCUACGAUUUGACCGAUACAUUAUUUUGAUGGUAAUGUCAUUUGCCCCUGCAAAAUCUGCAAGGAUGCCAGAUACUGUAUUUACCCUUGUGUAAUGUGCACCAAUUGCAAUCCAACUAACUUUUUUCUCUCUCUACAGAAAUCUACCUUACAAGAUUACAACAGAAGAAAUGUAUGACAUAUUUGGCAAAUAUGGAGGCAUCAGACAGAUAAGAAUGUAUGUAGAUGUACAUGUAUUAUUUGCAGUAGGUAUUUUGUUAAAGGGGCUACACGUAUGCCAUGCUUAGGAUAGAUAUGGAUUGAUACAAUUGAAGGUUUUUUAUGCUAUGCCGUCAAAAAUCACCAAAGAAUUAUUAUGAUUUGUACUCCCCAACGAAAUUUGUUUGAUAUCUUUGUAACUUCACCAAAGCAUUUGGUAAAUGGGAAAAAGCACUAAAGUAAUGACUUUAGCACAGAAAUAACCGAAAACAGUAAUGUCCUCAUCACAUACAUGUAGCCACUUUAAGUUGAUCCUUAAAUAUUUAUUCCUCAGGACUUUUAGUAAGAAUCCUAGUAGCAGGAGAAAGGUGUAACAUUACCGGAGAAUAUUUUGAAUGAGGCUCCAGGUGUGAAUAAAAAGUAUUCAUAAGCUACCGAACGUUAGUCGGAGAAUUUUGCAUAGUAAAUGGAGAAUUCUCCAAUCUCCAAUACCUGAUGAACACCCUGAUUCCUUUUACAGUGAAAUUCAUUGAAUUGCGCUGUGCGUUUUGCAAAAUUUGAAGGAAUUUUGGGUUUUUCUGUUCUGUCAAUCAUCUUAGCGGACCUCAUAGGAAACACAUGUUUACUUGCAUGAGUUCAAGCGGUCCUGGUUUUUGUUAUUUGUGAUUGGUGGAUUUUCGGUCUGUUUUGUUUGUUUCGUGUUUCAAGGUUUGUUGCUUUGUGAUCGUCCUGUUUCAGGCAAUAGUCGACUAGUUAAGUUUGCUUUGUAGAUUUUACUGAUCUUUCUUAUUCUUGUCACUUGUAAAAAUAAAGCAAAAGAAUCCACUCACCAUAUUAGAAUCCACUCACCAUAUUUGGGAUUUCUUUUGCUAUCCUUGAGCAUUCUAGAGUCAUUCUAAGCCAAGCUGGGCGAGCAUGUUACUGUGUGAUUUGCAUCAACCCCGCCUUCACUCAAAUGAUUGACAUAACAGAAAAACCCAAAAUCCCUUCGAACUUUGUGAUACACGUAGCGCAAUACAACCAAUUUUGCUGUAAGUGUUUAUAUAAACAUGCUCUUCCUCUACUUUUUUUUCAUACACUGUUGUGUUUCUAAUGAGGAGCGUUUGUAUAAACAUCGACAACUUACUGGCGAUUUUUAAUUUUCUUUUUCUUUAUCAUUUUCCUACCUUGCUUUUAUUUUUAUGUCCUUUGGUUGGAUCAAUGAAGAAAAUCUGAAUGCAAUACACAUGAUUUCUCCUUCGCAACUACUGAUUCACAGUCAAAACAGAACUCACAGGAAAUGUUAUUAGUUAAGCACUUUGAAGACCUUAACAGCUGUUGUAAUGACAUUCUUUUAGAGAAAUAAGGAAGUAUUCUACAUUGUGGUGAAAGCAAUGGUCUACAAUAAAAGCUGUUAGGUGAUAGGAAUUAUGGAGUUCAAGAAUGUUUGGCAUUCACAGCCAUUUACAGCUCUGAGUGCAAUCAAAUUACCUAAAGAUAGUUCGUGUUCAUAUUACAACACUUACAGUUACUGUGGCAAUAUGGAUAAGUGUAAUUUAGGAAAGGUUAAACUCAAGGCAAUGCCGGGGAUCCUCUAUGUUGGCAUUCAUAUUCACUUUCUUGCUUCCCUGUCAGUGAGACCAUUUUGUCUGCUACUUUUGAGGUACAGCUAUAACUUGAAUUUCUACUCUUAAAUUACAGUGGUAAUGCACCAGAAACAAGAGGCACAGCAUUUGUAGUGUAUGAAGAUAUCUUUGAUGCCAAGAAUGCUUGUGAUCAUCUGUCAGGCUUCAAUGUCUGCAAUCGCUACCUUGUCGUACUCUACUACCAAUCUACCAAGGUAAAGUAGACUGACAACAUUAUUUGUCUAAGGCAGGGCUGUCACUUAGACAGUAUGACUCCUGGCAUCUUUCAUUGGAAAUGAAAGGACAAUAGAACCAAAAUAAUAUUAUUUUCUAGCUGAUCAAACAUAACUAUUUUGCAAGUCCCUUGGCCUUUCUUCAUAUCAAGGUUCUACUGUACUUUAGUCAAAUCCAAUGUUUAUUAUUUAUUUCUUUUUUUAUUCAGGCUUUCCAAAAAUUGGACAAGGAAAAGAAGAGACAGGAAUUGGAGAAAAUGAAAGAAAAAUAUGGAAUCAACAAGGACAAGUAACACCAUUAGGAAGGAGAACACCAGAAAAUGUCUUAUUUAUAUACAGCACUUUAAUACCAAAAACUGUUUUCCAGAAGUCAGUAAUUUAUGUACAUUGUAGCACAUAGUACAAACAACAUUCAGAAAGAGGAAGUAUAGGUUGUAGCCCAGUUAUGUUGCAGUACUUUGUUAAUGUUCCUCAAAUGUUUUGUUACAUGUAGUUAUCUAUAGCUGUGGAAAGUAGUUGACAAAUAUCUCUUGACGGUGUACAGCAUGGCAAUUUGAAUGCACUCCAUAACACUCUAGUUAUCUUUGUUUUAGUUCAAUCAAAAUUGUAAAUGCUAAUUUGGUUUAAACGUAGCUUGUCUUUCUUACCAAAUAAAAAACUGAAUGUUACAGAACAGGGCGACUACUGUAACCAUUGUUCUAGGUGAGAAAUGUGUCUCGGGUCAAUGACCCGGCAGAGAAGGCUUCCUGGCCCAACAGAUGGCAUAUGUGUUAAGUAAAAUAUGACGAAAAAAGUUAGCAUGUGGUCUUGGUGACCCCUCAGAUGGUCUACAUGAAAGAAUAAACUGGAACGCUGUGUAACCAGGGCAACAUAGACAAAGUUGACCAAUC